AUGUCGUUCGCCCUCCGCCGCCUGCGUGGCCUGGCGUCCUCAUCGAGCUCAUCUCUAGGUCGAACAGCGGCCUACUCGACCCCUUCGUCGUCCAAGAACGCGCCCAACUCGUCCACCAGCGCGGCCGACUACAAGCUCGCGCAUCCCCGCCGUCGUCCCCCGGCCUUGCCCACGAUCGACCCUCCGAGAUGGAGUGCCGAACAGGUAGGUCUGAUCGGACCGUGUAUGAGCACCUUGUUGAAGCGUGUGCAGCGGAGAGAGCUGCAUCUUAUGGCCCUCGUCCUGUCUCUACUCGGAACCUCCGGAGUUGCUGCGGUUCAGAACAGAGCUCACCCACAAUCUUCCGCACCUAACGGACUCUCUAGGCCGUCAAUAACAUCCUGUACAACACACCACCUCCCUCGCGAGAAGCGUUCACGCGCCACACGCUCAACUGCCUCGUCCAGAACGAACCGGGUGUGCUCUCGCGCGUUUCGGGCUGUCUCGCCGCACGAGGUUUCAACAUCGACUCGCUCGUCGUGUGUGCGACCGAGAUCUCGGACCUGUCGAGGAUGUGCAUCGUCUUGAGGGGUCAGGAUGGCGUCAUUGAGCAGGCGAGGCGGCAGCUGGAAGAUUUGGUGCGUUAAAUUCACCCACGAGCUCCGUCUUAAAGCCGGAGCUGCUCUACCCCUGCCCGGGUCCAGUUUGCCGAGUACUGACUCUUUCCGAUGCGGGUCUUUGGUUCAUGCAGGUCCCCGUUUGGGCCGUGUUGGACUACACCCGAACAAAGACGAUCGAACGCGAACUCUUGCUCGCCAAGAUCUCGAUCCUCGGACCCGAAUACUUUGAGGAUCAACUCGCCAACAAGGGGCCCGACAUCCUCCCCGCCACCGAGGGCAACGAAGAAGGUUCACCCGUCAAGCAACACAUCGACAACACCAUCGCUGCAGCGGCGGAUGGUCAUCCUGGUGUGGCACCGAUGGGAUCCGAUGCGGCUCACCACCUCCAUCGAGGCACCUUGACGCCUUCCGAGGCGCUGCGACAAAAGCAUACCCACUUGCAGGGCAUUCAGGCCCUCGCUGCUCAGUUCGGUGGCAAGGUCGUCGAUUUGAGCAAUGAUGCGCUCAUCGUUGAGAUGACGGGCAAGACGGAGCGCGUCGACGCGUUCCUCAAACUGGUCAGACCGUAUGGAAUCUUGGAGGCCGCGAGGUCAGGAUUGAUGGUCAUGCCUAGGGGUGAGUGGCCGAGUCUGGGACCAGGAUAAAGGUCGAUGAAUGGUUUGCUGACGCAAUCCUGUUUUCUCUCUCUUUAGCUCCGAUCAAGUCGGAUUGGGCCGGAAUGGCCGACGACGGAGAGAUGGAGGACGUUGAAGCCUUCGACACCUCCCUCUUGCCUCCCGGCUAA